ACCUGACUACCUGUCCUGAGCGCCUCACCUGACUCACCUUACAGGCGCUCGGAAACUCAAUGCCAGGGCACAAAGGCUCCGGGGAAUAAGCGCCUAAAGCGGGCCUCCUGUACGCCGACAUGGAACCGGUCCACCGGGGUCUGGGUCGCUGCGUGUGCUGUUUCUGGCUCGCGGUAGCCUUUGACAUUGUGGGGCUGCUCGUGCUGCUCAUCGGGGUGUUUGUGAACGUGUUCUUCUACGACCUGCUCAUCUACGCGGGGGCCAUCGUCAUCUUCCUCAGCCUCAUCUGGUGGGUGUUCUGGUACUCCGGGAACAUCGAGGUCCCCCCGGCGGAGCUGGAGGAUGACGUCGGUUUACUGAAGAAGGACAGGGGCGCUCUGAGCGGCAUCAGCGGCGCGGUGAGGCGCCUCUCCAGCCGCGUGUCCGGCGGCAUCAGGACCUCGUUUCGGAGGAACGGAGCCCCAUCGUCCCGCUCGCAGAGGUCAGCCAGGGGUGCGCCGGUGGCCGUUCCUAUGGCAACGAUGACCCCACAGGGGGUUACCCCACACACUCCUGUCUCAUCAGUGGCAGGCUGUGACGUAGAGAUGCCGCACACAACAACAGAGACCUCACCUACAUAGUGUAGGCCGACAGACUUCAGAGAGCCCGCCUUCACUGUCUUCAGCUGCCUCCAGUUCAUGCUCAACUCUUUUACUGUUUAAAGUGUGUAUAAUGAGAAAUUAUUAAUGAUGAUAUUUAGAAAAUGUGUUGCUGAGUACAGCUUUAAUUCAGUGUAUUUUCUUAAUACAUUUUAUGUUUUAAUCAGUACAGCUGCAUCUAUUCAGGAUGUGUGAGAUCAAGGGACAUUAGAAAUGUUUUUAAUGCACAUUUGUGACUGUUUUGAUUUAUGUAUCUGUAUGUUUGUGAUGACUGCUUUGUGUGACUGAACUUUCUUGUUGUGAUUUUGUAUAUAUCUAAUGUGUUCUUAUAAAGGGCUAACAAUGCCUCACUGCAUCAUGUGUUAAACCAUCCUAUCUC